CUCUCUCCUUCGGCCAUGGACUACCAGAACCGCGCAGGCAACAAGGGUGCCGGUGUUGCCGGGUCCUCCGAGGCGAAUGUGGACCGUCGUGAGCGUCUGCGCAAGCUCGCCAUGGAGACGAUCGACAUCAGCAAGGAUCCCUACAUCUUGCGAAACCACCUUGGUUCCCUCGAGUGUCGUCUUUGCCUCACACUCCACACCAAUGAAGGUUCCUACCUUGCUCAUACCCAGGGAAAGAAGCAUCAGACGAAUCUCGCUCGUAGAGCUGCUAGGGAGGCAAAGGAGCAGGCGCAGGGAGUGCAGAACCAGAUGGGCCUCAUCACCGGUCCUAAUGCACUCGAGAUGGCUCCAAAAAAGCAAUUCAUCAAGAUCGGUCGGCCGGGAUACAAAAUCACAAAAGUCCGUGAACCCCUCAUUGGUGGAGCGGGGGGCAAUGAUGAGAAUGGCGAAGAGGGCGGGUUCCUGGAGUCUGCUGGGGGACGACUCGGCUUGCUCUUCCAGAUUCAGCUACCGGAGAUCAAGGAAGGGGUGAAGCCGCUACAUCGUUUCAUGAGCUCAUUCGAGCAGAGGGUAGAGCAGCAGAAUAGAGCUUGGCAAUACCUCGUCGUUGCUGCUGAGCCCUACGAGACUAUUGCCUUUAAGCUGCAGUCGAGGGAGAUUGAUCGCUCAGAGACGCUAGUGCUCUCCUCUCUGCCGGGCGCAAGGGCAAAGGAGGAGCCGGGGACCUGGUCACAUUGGGAUCCGGACGUAAAGACAUACACCGUUCAAGUCAUGUUCCGGUAGCCCAGCCACUAGAUACUCACUCAUUCUCAUUGGACAAGCCUGCGUCCAUCUGUAACAACACAUUUGUAAUAACAUACCACAUCAACUCCCAUGGCGCCCACCGUCUCGGUUGUGUUGAGAGCAGCGGGUCAGAUCAAGGUCAGACAGCGCCCCAAUCACGCCAGCGCAGCGGCUCGAUUCAUGCAACAAAGAAUCAUAUGCCUCAUAGACAUGGAAAUGAGAGGGACAAGCCCGAAAGAAAUGAAAGCAGAAUGGAGACUAACAAAGAGAUGUCGAACUGAAUCGCAAAGCGAAGAGAGAUGAGGUGAUGCAGAGAAGUACAAGUGGGUGCAAAAUAGCAGGGUCCUGGAAUGCUUCAGGGGGAUGGGAGAGGAAAUGAUGGAGAGGGAGAGGUGGACCCAAAGGUAUAGAGAUGCAGAGAACAAUGGCGUGCGCCGAGGGGUGGU